UACCACCUCUUUGCAAACAGUUACGAGCUCAGGUAAUUUUAUUGACCUGUACAAUACACUUAUUAAGGCCAAAGAACAAGUGGAGACCACAAAUCAGGAAGUUAUUAGGAGCUAUUUUGCUUUUAGAAAAAAGCUUAAGGAAAAAUCAAAUACUGAUACUUGGUCACUAUCAG